CCAUCACUGCUCCGAGUCUUGCUGAAGCUCUUGGGACCUUCACUGCUCCUCGCACUUUUCUUGAAAGUGGUUUCUGAAGGGUUACUUCUUUUAAACCCUGUGAUUUUAGGACUGUUGAUUGAGCAGGUGGGCAGCAAGGAGAGGAUGGGGUCUGGCUACGUGCUGGUGGUGCUGAUGUUCCUGGUAAACAUGGUCACAUCACUGCUCUUUAACUUCAGCUACUGGCUUUUCCAGAUUAUUGGAAUGCACCUCAAGACUAACCUUAUUGCUGCUGUUUACAGAAAGUCCUUGACGAUGAACAGCGCCGCACGGCGACUGGUCACUGGCGGGGAGAUAAUCGACCUCAUGUCCGUCGACUGCCAACAUCUUCAGAACGCCAUGAUUUAUUUUGACGCCUGGACUAUUCCACUGCAGGUUGUCAUGGUUGUCGGUGUCCUCUACUUCUACAUCGGCCCCUCAGUCUUCGCCGGCCUCAUCGUGCUUCUCCUUCUUGUUCCCUUCAUCUACAUCGCCAGUCGUCAGCAGAAGCUCAACACCAGCAACCUCAAGUUCAAGGACCACAGACUGAGGCUGACCAAUGAGGUUUUGAGGGGAAUAAAGGUGAUAAAGCUGUAUGCAUGGGAACCUUCUUUCGAAAAGAUGAUAACGGACUGGAGGAACAAUGAGACGAUGGUGCUGCUCAAAAUGGCCUACCUGAACAUGUUGAUGGGUGUGUGCUGCUACUUCGCACCUUUUCUGGUAACCCUGGCCACGUUCACAGUGUUCUUGGAGGUCUCCACUGACAACCACCUGGACGCUCAACGGGUCUUUGUCACCCUGGCCUUGUUGAACAUUCUAAGGUCGCCUCUCAACUACCUGUCCACCAACGUAACUACUACAGUUCAGGCUUUCGUGUCAGUGCAAAGGAUCAACACGUUUCUCUGCUCUGAGGACCUUGACGACAACACUGUUACCUAUGAUGCCGAUGCAGUGAGUGCCAUAUCUGUGAGAUGUGGAACAUUCACCUGGAACAAAAGCUACGAACCUGUCUUGAAAAACAUCGACAUCACCAUUGGUGUCGGAAGUCUCGUGGCGGUGCUGGGUCACGUUGGAAGCGGAAAGUCGUCAUUGAUCUCUUCUUUUCUCGGAGAAACCGAGAAAUUAUCGGGGGAAGUAAUUUUAAAGAGUUCUGUGGCUUACGUACCGCAACAAGCGUGGAUCCAAAACGGAACGAUACGGGAUAACAUUCUUUUCGGGAAACUCUUCAAUGAAAAAAUAUAUCAACAGGUCCUGCGGGCAUGCGCACUAGAGCGUGACUUAGAAAUACUGUCUGCUGGAGACAUGACUGAGAUUGGCGAACGGGGUAUCAACCUCAGUGGGGGUCAGAAGCAGAGAGUGAGUCUGGCCCGCGCCGUGUACAGUGACAGCGACAUCUACCUACUGGACGACCCGCUCAGCGCCGUGGACUCGCACGUGGGCAAACACAUCUUCACCGAGGUCAUUGGCCCCAACGGCUUGCUCCGGCACAAGACGCGGGUGCUGGUGACACACGGCAUCCACUGGCUGCCGAUGGUUGACGAGAUCAUCGUGCUGUCCGACAACGGCAUCUCGGAGAAAGGCAGCUACGACACUCUCAUGUCCCACGACGGACCCUUCGCUCGCUUCCUCAAGCUUCACCUGCAACAGGAGGACAUUGAGGAAGAGGAAGACCCUGAAAUCUCGACGCUCAUCAACACGAUCCGAGAGGACGUGGAGACGGCGACUUCCGAUGGCGCAACUUCCGGUGAAGAUCAAACACGUCUUGAGAACGCUAGAAGAAUACAGUACACUAGUAAUGGAUUAAAGUCAUCGUCGAUGACAAACUCCACGAAGCUUAAGCCCGGGAAGCGCCACCUGGAGGAGGACAAGCCACUAGAGGACAAAGGUCGACUGGUGCACGAGGAGAAAAUAGAGAAAGGAAAGGUAAAAUGGAGCGUGUUUCUCACUUACCUGCGAGCAGCGGGCGCCGUGCCCUUCACGGCAUCUGUUUUGUUCUUCAUCCUUUACGAAGCCGCCAUCGCCUCAGGUAACUUCUGGCUCAGCCGCUGGACCGACGACCCCUUCCUCGCCAUCGCCGACAGCAACGCCACCUUGCGGCACGACUACAUCGCCAGGAACCACUACUACCUGACGGUGUUUGGAGUGUUAGGCAUCGUACAAAUAAUCGCCCUGAUUUUCAACAACUUCUUGUUCUGGGUUCGAAUGGUCGCCGCCUCCAAAAAUCUUCACCGCCGACUUCUUGCUAGUGUACUGCGGUCACCAAUGGCCUUUUUUGAUACAACACCGAUUGGGCGAAUGGUCAACAGAUUUUCCAGUGACAUAGAGACCAUCGAUAGCAGCCUCCCCAUCUUCCUUCGCGAGUUUCUCUACCUUGGGACUAGGAUUCUUGUCACUGUUAUUGUCAUCUCUAUUAACACACCGCCUUUCAUCACAGUCGUCUUUCCCAUGCUCAUCCUGUAUUAUAUCGUACAGAGCUUCUACAUCCCGACGUCCCGGCAGCUGAAGAGGAUGGAGUUGGUCAGUCGCAGCCCCAUCUACGUCCACUUCAGCGAGACCAUCAGCGGCGGCGCCACCAUCCGCGCCUACCGAGCGGUCGACCGCUUCAUCGAGGAGUCCAAGCGACGGGUGGACAGAAACCAGUCCUUGUACUACGCUAGUCUGAGCGCAAACAGAUGGCUGAGAACAAAUUUGGAAAUCAUCGCAAAUCUCGCUAUCUUUGGUGCUGCCAUCUUUUCUGUUACUUCCCCUGGUACUGGAGGUGGAACUGUGGGUCUGUCUAUAUCUUAUGCAAUUCAGAUCUCGGACUCUUUGACAUGGAUGGUCCGACAGAUGAGCGAGCUGGAGACGAAUAUUGUAUCGGUGGAGAGGGUGAAAGAAUACUCAGAACUGGAGUCAGAGGCACCAUGGAUUAUCCCUUCUCGACGUCCAUUUCCUUCCUGGCCCGAUAGAGGUCGCCUUAUUGUCACCGACUACAGCACGCGCUAUCGACCCGGCCUUCACCUUGUAUUGCGAGGCGUGACCUUUACUAUCGAGGCUGGUCAGAAGGUCGGCAUCGUUGGAAGAACAGGGGCAGGUAAGUCCUCCCUGACUUUCUCUCUCUUUCGCUUGAUCGAGGCCUGUAACGGCAACAUCAUGAUCGACGGCGUCAACAUCGCCGACAUCGGGCUCCACGACCUGCGCUCUCGCAUCACCAUCCUGCCACAGGACCCCGUGCUCUUUUCUGGCCCGCUAAGGAUGAACCUCGACCCAGUGAAUCAGUAUUCAGAUGAUCAAAUAUGGAAAGCUUUGGAGAGGACCCAUCUCAGAGGUUUUGUGGAAGAGUUGCCAGAAAAACUUAACCAUCAUGUCGGAGAAGAGGGACGGAGCCUAAGUGUAGGUCAGCAGCAGUUGGUGUGCCUGGCCAGGACGCUGCUUCGCCAGACUAUAAUCCUGGUCCUGGACGAGGCCACGGCCGCCGUUGACAUGGAGACGGACUCCCUCAUCCAGAACACCAUCCGCGAGGCCUUCAGCUCCUGCACCAUCAUUACCAUCGCACACCGCCUCAACACCAUCAUGGACUACGACAGGAUCCUCGUGCUGGAUGAAGGGCUGGUGAAGGAGUACGACGCGCCCCAAGUACUUCUUGCGGACGAGAAGAGUAUUUUCUACAGCAUGGCCAAGGACGCUGACCUUGUGUAGCAUGGUCAAGGACCAUUUGACGACACGUACAAGGCGCUGACCCAAUUCAAAUGAUCAAAGAUGCUGUCCUGAGUGAAACGCUUGUUUGCAAGCAACUAAACGCGGUUAGAAGCAUGAAAAACGUAAAUGUAUAUCGUUUUAUCUGCUCAUUCUUCUCAAAAUAAAAACCUGAACCAUAAUGCUGACUCAUACCUUAACUCAAG